AUGACGUACAAGCUGCUAGGUGCGGGUACCACGGUUGUGGACUGCGUGAAGCACCCGAUGGGUCUCCCCCCUCUGGGUGAGAUCACAUCGGAUGACCUGGAAAACGGCGACGAUGAGCGUCGGAAUGGUGAUCCACUCGCAGAGAUUGAGGGUGGCACACGUGCUGCGAGUUCUGGCGUCGUUGGAGCAGUUAACAAGCUUCUUCUACUCUUCCAGACUGGUCGUGACGCAUGUGUGCUCGUGUCACCACCACAAUGCUUGACUCUGACCGAAGCAAAGACUGAGGGCGCCAUUUUCCCGGUCAGCGACCAUUGGACUAUCUCGUCCUCUGCGCUUAAGCCGGUUGAUAUGAACCAGUUACCAAUGGCGCCAUCGCGACCUUCCUCCACAGGCUCUAAUCGUGUAGAGCCACUUUCUGGGUCCAAAGACUCGCCUGGAUGUGGGUCUAAAUGCGGCAUAUCCAUUGACAACACAUCCUUGAACACGACGUCUCUGUCUGAUGCGGAUUCAGUAGGGAGAGAAGAUUGUGGUACGGUCAUUUUUAGUAUGGUGGCUUGCUUCUGUGAGGCGCUCUAUCACAAUACUGAUCGCCUUACUGUUCUUGUAUCAUUUGCUGAGCGUGAAGCGAAUCAUUGGCUGGAUUUGCUGUAUCAGUUGCCGGCUCCAACUAGCCUGCCGUUACGGUUGCGACGGUACGCGGUACGAGAGAUGGCACUGCUUUCACAAGCUUCCUUUCACCAUGUAAGUUCAUUGCGUGAUGUUGUUGACCUUAUUCUCAAGGCAACAAAGAAUCGUCCUCAACGAAAGGGUCUUCUGGCAUCAAACCCUCUCGUUAUUCAUGUCGCGGGAAUACCUUCUGAAGAAGUACUGAAGGGAAAGGAGGAGGCUAGUGCGAGAUCUCCAGCGGCAAGGUUUUUGGUGUUUGCCCAUCCCACUUUGAGCGAUGUGCUCACAGAAGCGUGGGGAAAUAGUCUUGUAUUGUGGCCGCCUCCUUCUAAUGACGUGUAUAGGGCCACGUUUAACCCUUCGGCUGCCGGGGAGCAGGUGCAGCGCAUUCUGAAAUCGGUGGGUGGUGCCGUUCCCGCCUCCAUCGCGGUUCUCCCGCUGCCGGAUGAGGUGCGGCUCAUUCCCUCCAUGACCCCGUCAGAGAUGACGGUGCGUGGCUCCGGCGGACAUGUUGCUUCGAUGCAGCAGGUGGCGCGGCUAUCACUUUUGCGCAAGAAACGGGGAAGUGAUGAGAUGGACGAGAUAAACCGUCACGCUGUGCCCCGCAGAGAAAUGAGGCAAGAGCAGGGAGAGAAACUAGUGAACCGGAGAAAGACGGGGCCAUGUGAGAUGGCGGGAGCAGGACAGUGCCAGCAGUCCUCAAGCAAUUCUUCAACAGUGGCCGUUGCACGACGGACGCUCAAGCAAAUGCAGCGUGAUAACAUUGUUCAUAGCAGACUCCCGUCCUUAUCCCCGCCGCAAAGUACGUCUUAUUCCAGAUCGCGACAGACUUCGCUCAGGUGUAAAGACAGUUUCUCAUUGUCAUUCGUGUCUCUGCUCCAGUUUGACUCUAAAUAUCCACACCGACUUCCCAGCCUCCGCGCAAAUUCGUCGGUAACCGACACAGAUGCUAGAACACUGGACCAAUGCCGAAAGCUUUCCCUGGACUCCCACUUGGCUUUGAGGCCGCCAGCCCUCCCGGUGUUUUAUGCAUCCAAAAGACUCUUUUGUCAGCGUGAAGCCGUUUUGGCGGCGGAGUUAGAAGAAAGGAAUAUCAUGGAGCUGGAUGAGAAACAGCGCCGACGGGAAAUUGAAGCGAUGAUGGAAGACACGGAACACACGCCGGAUGGGGGUCGCCAUUUGGCUUGCAUAAGUCAGUUGAUAAAGCGAAAUAGACGGAAGUCGACAUCUAUUUUCAGGUUGUCACCAUUCAUGUAG